AUGGCCAGCGAUUCUCUGCAAUUGCUCGGCGACAUUCACUACAAUGUUUGUCCGCUUGACGACCGCAUCGAAAGAGGCGAUUCGGCAGCGGAUGAAUCUUCCGCUUCUUCUUCUCAAUGCAUCAAGUUCUUGAUCAUUAUCACCGCCAAAUUUACUCGUCCCGUAAUCGAUUCAGAAGAAGAAGAAGAAGAAAGUCUAUUUCCUUGCACAGAAGGCCGCUCCAUCAGGUUUCGUCGCGAAUUUUCUUCGCCGCUCAACGCGUUGACGAGAGACGCCGUAGCCAAGAUGCUCUCCGACGUACACGUUCCGAGUCUCCAAUCUAUUGUCGGUGAGAUUCUCGAGACCGGCCGUGUAAUGGUGGAUGACAGACCGCAACAUGAUCCGAGGUACUUUCUUCGUAUGAAUGUGGAAAUCGAUGCUUUUGUAGAUGAAUUGCCUGUCCCUUCUGAAGAUGAUGACGCGAUGGAAAUCGACGGUGAUGAUGAUGGUGAUGAUGAUGAUUCUUUACCUAAUUUUAAUGGCGAUGACGAUUCCGUUGUUAGGUUUGUGCCGGCGAGUAAAAAAUCGAUUCAGGGUUUGCAGAAAGUGAGGAUGGAGAUUUCGGAGAAACCGGCGACUUGUCCGGUUUGUUUGGAAGAUGUUUUGGUUGGUUCGGAAGUGACAAGAUUGCCAUGUUUCCACUCUUAUCAUGGAGAGUGCAUUGUCAAGUGGUUGCAGAACAGCAAGUUUUGUCCGUUGUGCCGAUUUGAAAUGCCUAGUCUAAUUUUAUUGUCUAAGAUAUCAUAA